GCUGAUUACGGUACUUAUUGUCAGGUGUGUCAGCUGUGAUGUUUCACUGACUGUCUGCACUGCAAGUGUUUACUUUUGUCUGGCUUUCAGCAAGGAGUAUUCUUCUUUGCUUUGAGACCUUGUUGGUCUGAAUAUGGCAGCGAUUAACAAACCGCUUCCAGCUCAUUGUGAACUUGAUGGAAGGAACCCCAGCAGUGGUGUGGCAUCCUUUGCACAGCAGGAUCCAUGUCCACACGGCACUGCUCAGGAUCUGGGAUUUCCCCCACAUGGCCAACAUCCCAUCUUUGCUUGUCCUGUCUUCUACAUUCCUGCACCACCUCCACCCUCUCUACUUCAAUACCAGUGGCCGAUGCCAUUCUCCUAUAACCCCUUUGCUGGCUUCCCAAGCAUGGGCUAUGGCAUGAUUGCACCCCCUCCCCCAUUACCCCAACCCCCUUGCAUGGAGGCUCCAGGAUAUAUUCUCCCUCACCCUCAUGUUCAACCAGUUGACUACAGGCGCUUGCACCACCCACAGUUACACACUCAAGUUGCACCCCAUCAGAAUCCUAAUCAGAUGCGAAGAAUUCGCCCAAAUCAUUUUAUCCCUGUAAGAGAAACUGUGAAUUCUGAAGUUCAAACUGAGCCUGCACAAAAAGGCAUGCAUGGGUAUGAUAGGGGCUCAGAUUCUGGCAGAGGAAGUCAUUCAAAUUCUCCAUGCUCCCCAGCCUUAAGUUCCCCCAAGCAAGCCUUAACUGAGCUGGCAGUCUGCAAGUUGCCCAGCAGAGAAGAAAAAGACUCGCAAGUGAAUGAACCCUUCACAAGAACCACUGUCAUAACAGACUUUCACAAACAACCUGUUCCAUCAACUGCUGUUGAAUCAUCUGGAAGCACAAGGCAAGACACACAAAUUAAUGCUGACCAGGAGCCCAACCCUGACUCGCUUUCUGAAGAUGGGGAUUACAGUAUGAGGACAAUGUCUCCAGAAGGUUUACUUCCAGCGUCUAGCUCGCUUCAGAAAGACGAUGCUGUCCUUAAAGAAAGGCACAUCUCUGCUCCUGAAAUUUUGAUGAACUUGGGCGGUGGAACACCACAAACAGCACUGCUGAAAACGACGGAUGUGGAGUUGUCCCAUACUGAUAUUUGGACAUCUUCUCAGCAUGAUGUUGAGCUCAACAAACCUUUAUCCCACAAUUGCAGUGAAACAAAUAUUGGUUCUGUUAAUGGACUUGGCACUGGUAUUAAUGAAGGUAUGGCAAGUUCAAAAGUUGGUGAAAUGCUCUUCGGAAGCCUUCGACUCCCUUAUUCUACAAUUGAUGCAUUCCUAGAGUCUAGUACACACGAGGAGCCUGAAGAAGUAAGCUUUUCAGAAAGACAUUCAUUAACCUUCAUAGAUGAUGUGCAAAAUUUCUCCUCCAACAACUCUAAAACUGAGGUGCAAGAAAAUUACGGUGGGAUGUAUCUACACAAGAUCUCAGAUGAUGUACCUCAUAUGUCUCCUAGUAGCUAUCAGGUGAGGAGAAAAUCCAAUGACUCCAUUUGGUCUGUGGAGUCUCUGCCUGUCUAUGUCCCUAAUAGAGAGUGGUUGUUACAAAAUGGCAUGUUAGAACUUAACGAUAAUGAAGAGACAGAGGAAGCUGAAAAUGUUGGCCUCUCCAACCAAAAUGACAACCUCAUGAAUGAAGAAAAGAGAGGGCACAGCUUGUCAACCUGUGUCUCUGUUCAAGUACCAGAAAGUUGUCUUUGUUCCAGUAUCCAAGAAGAGGAGCAUAGUCCUGUGAGAGAGACGGGAACAGAAAAUAAAUGGGAUUUAUCUGAAUCUAUAAAACCAGAACAAAGUCAAAACUUGCUUCACUCCAAAAAGAAUGUUUUGUCUCCUUCCUCAGCUCUUCCAAGAAAAGCCGCAUCUACUCUGACUGAAAGGGAUGAGACUGAAAAUAGGUCUUCUGAACCUGAGGCUGGUCAAAGCCCAAACCAGAACACCCUGAUUAAUGAGCUGCAGCAAAAAAGCCUUUCAUUCUCUAAAGAAACAUCCCUUGAUUCUGCAGCAGAGGAAAUUUCCUCAUCAGCCAUCCAGCUGAUUUCCCAGUAUGCAGUGGACGUCAAAGAUGAUGAAGUUCUGAUUGUAGUUCAAACUGUAGCUGAAGUGUCUCCAUCAAAGGGAACGUUGGUGGACUGUGGUGUCCAAUGUAAUGUAUUCCAUGAGCAAUUUUGUUUAUGUGGGGAACUGAAGAAUACUGAAACAAACAGAAGACAUCAUUUUAAAUCUUCAGAUAUAAAAAAAGCAAUUGAUGGCAGAACUGGACAGCAGAGAAGGAAGAAUGGACAAUGGAGGCAAUGGAGGGGCACAGGUCAAGAUGACUCUUUGAAGAAGAGCUACGUUUGUACAGCAGGACUGCACUCUAAGUUCACCCUUAUUAAGAGGAUGCUCAGGGUUCAUUAUCUUCAUAUUAUAAAGUUUAGUCUCCAGAAAAGCCAAGAGCGACAGUUUAACCACCUGGAAGCUCAAAGUGGAUACUGUAGAGGAGGGAAAACAAAAGGCGGAAGAAACUGACAGUAUUAACUGACCGGCCUCAAGAAAAAAUGGUUUUUAAAAUGGUUUGGUCAAACUUGAAUUGUAACAUAUUUUUGUACCUUUCUACUGGGUGUGUUUUGCUGUAUAUUAAGUAAAUAAAAUUGAAAUAAAGAAUUCUUUGCA